UUUCGAAUGACAAAAAAGCCCUCAUCCUCAAUCUUCCUGCUUGAACCCACUAUGUCCCAAUUUCUUGUUCCUCUUCAACCCAAAACCCUAAAGAGAAAAUUUCAUUUUUCCAUUGAAGAGAAAAGGAAGAAUCCUUUUAACUCCCGAUUUCUGCCACCUCAAAUAUUAAUAAGCAUGUCAGGUUAAGGAGUAUCUGGUGGUAAAAUGGGGUCGAGCUUGCAUCAAUGGGAAUCCGAUCCGCUGUUUACAGCAGCUGAAGUUGUUCAAGACUCCGCGGACCGGAUGGAAUCAAUAUUUCGUCUUCUAUUACAUGAGCAAAGCCUUGUCCAUGAUGACCAUGCUGAUCCAAGGCUGCUGACAUCAAUAGAGUAUCAUAGGCGUGAUCUUGCUACUAUUCUUGAGACUGCAAAAUGGCAGUUGGAAGAUUUCGAAAGGGCUGUUUGCUUGUCAGCUACAAUGGACAAGUAUCAGAUGAAGGAGGAUGUGAUUUCUAGGCAUAGACAGUUCAUUAGAGCCAUUAGGGAACAAAUAAAUCAUGUGAGGAAAAGCAUUGAAGAUCCAUCAACCAGAAAUUCAAUGAACAGCCUUGAAUGGGUCAACUUAAAUGAACAGGACAGAGAUGGAUUGGCAGUAUUUCUUUCAGGAGGAAAUCCCAUGGAACAAAUCAAUCAUCAUGAGAUGGAAGAUAGUAGUAUCUUGAGAAGAUUUCUUGAUCCAACCACAACUUCGACUUCAAAAGAUGCUGAGAUUGUUCAGCAUGAAAUCAGAGAAGUUCAGAAUUUGAAUAUAAAUGGCGGUCCUGUGCAUGCUGAUGAUUAUUAUGAUUCUUUGAAGGUAAAUGACUUAAGGAUGGUCGGUUCUCAUCAUUCCACGAAAUUGUGUUUAGAUGUGCCAGAUUCAUGUCUAGAAACAUCCUGCAGAGCGCAAAUUGAAGAUGAAAAAUGGGAUCUGGAAGCUAACAUAGUCAAACCCGAAAGUUCCUUCCACAGGAAUAAGUUGAAGGGAUUGUUUGGUAGAAUGAAUAUCGUUCGUUUCUUGUUUCCAAGAAAUGUGUAUGGUGGUGUGCCUAGAAAUUAUACAAAGCAGAUGAAAGAUGGAGAAGAACAAAAACAUUCUCCGGAAUCUACGGGCGUUUCUCAUGCCUUGAAGGACUGCCAUUUUGGAACAAGUUUAUCAUAUGGAAGGAACAUCCAAGGGUUAUACUCCAGAUUUUUUAUGGAUAUAAGAUCCUUCUUUUGGUGGCUUGGGACAUGUGGGACAAGAUAUGCUAGAUCUCAAUGCCAUCUUCACAAUCAGCACUUCUUGCAAAUGAUAUUAACAAUAAUAUUAGCACUCAUUCUUUUAGGUUUACUCGUCUCCCAACUUGCUUGAAGAUGGUUACAAAUCUCUUCAAAUAUUCAAUAUAUUUCAGGGACUUAACUGCAAUUCGCCAAGUGCAGCUGAUAUUUAUAUUAUGUUUGUGGAACAGAUGAAAUCCACAAAAGAACUGGAGAAUUCAUUUGAAAAUCCAUAUUUUAUCAUGAAUUUGCUCGCUAAUUUGUGAAUCAGCUUUUUUUGUUCCUUGUAAAUACAAGGCUGAGUUUACGAAUAUACGAUGUUCUCAUAACAAAUACAUGGAGAUAGGCAUGCCCAAUUCACAAACAGUCCAAGAAAAUGCAAAUUCAGUUGCAUUUCAGGGCUUGGGUCCGAGGGCUCUGCUUCAGCAGUAAAUUUUAGCCGGCACCAUCAGCAAAAUCAUGCCCGGAGUACCGGAUGUUAAAAGCUAA